AUGUGGUCUCGAACACUGUUGUUUUUAUGGGUAAUAGGAGUGAAUAGCACCUACAAGGUUUCCCACCCGAAAGUCCCUGGGCUUCAGACUGUAAUCGGAGCCACAUCCCUUAAAGACUGCUGGGUUUGUACUCAUGGUGAUAUACAUUCUGAAGAGAAGGUAGCUCUGGUGGCGGGCCCCAUCCCCCUAAAUUGGUGGGUUCAGAAACCCAGAGUAAAUUGGUGCUCCCCCUGGAUCAGCAACACCGAAUUGGCUUGGCGACCAACCACGGGAGGGGGGAACCGCCAGACCUACCGCUACCAGAGGGAAUGGAAACGAAAUUGGUAUUCAAAAGGGGUCCCGGAAUAUGAAGUUGAAACAUUAAUUGGCCAGAAUCCAAUUUGCAUUGAGAACAAAGGGGGACCGGGACCCAAUUUGGGGGAGAUCUCCUACACUCACUGUGCCCACACAUGGUCGUUUGAUAAAUCCCUUGGCGAAUUCACGCCACGGGCUGACGAUCAUGGACCAGACCAGGAAGAGUGCGAUGGGGAUGAUCCCUCUGUGGGCAAAUAUCCUGGAUUGUAUGGGGGAGAGAUGACCCUCACCUCUGUAACCCUAUUCAAUUUCACUGAAGGCCACUGGCGGGAGGAGUCGAAAUUCCUAUGGAAAAACACCCUAUAUGUACACGAUCGGCUAGGUAUCCUGAUCAACAAAACACAAACCAAGCAUGACACGUGUGAUAGCAAACUUAACACGUGGGAAUCCCCUUUCUGGACCCUCUGGCUGAGCAUAACCUGUGCACACCACAAAGACCCAAAUGUAACACUUUCCUGGUUCGGGGGAAGGGCCAGCAAGUCCGGACCCUUCAGCCUUGACAGAGAAUGUGGAACGGCCCUGGGCAUAGGAGAACGAAGAGUAGGGCCAAUGAAGUGGGAAACGGGGGACGUCCUGACCCUGUCCUUGCUCGAACACGGAAUGUACUGGCUCUGUGGUAAAAACGCAUACAAAGCACUGCCACAAGGUUGGAAUGGCAGAUGUGCCCCUGCUUAUCUAGCACCCAAAGUAGAGAUCCGCAAAAGCCUAAAUGCCUCUGAAGUUUUGAACAUGGGCAGUUUCCUGCACCGCCUAAGGCGCGGCGCAGAGAACCCCCUUGUGGUCCGCAACACCGGAUUCCACCAGGCUUGGCGGGCUAUGCUACCGGGACUUGGGGUGAUUGAGCUUGAAAUAGCGGUCAAAAACAUCUCAAAGGAGAUGGAAAAAUCUUUCAAUAGCACUCUGAAAAUGUUAAUGGAAGUUCAGCAAGAGGUUGAUUCAUUAUCAAAAGUGGUUGUGCAAAACCGUAAAGCGCUCGACAUUCUUGCUGCUCAGCAAGGAGGUGCCUGUGCUUUGAUCGGGGAGAAAUGCUGUUACUAUGUAAAUAAUCAGGGAAAAAUUGAUCAGGAGGCAGCCAAAUUGAAGGAAUCGAUACAGCUCUUCUCUGAACAAGGAGGCCUUGGCUUCAGAAAUGUAAAAAGGUCUUAA